AUGAGCUCCUGUCUCUCUACUGGUAACCUUCAACUCUCAGGCUUUGCCUUAGCCACUUCCGGCUGGAUCCUCGCGCCUACCUCCAUGGGACAAACGGAUUGGAGGGUAUGGCAUUUGGACAAUACAACUUCCAUCAUCUCCUCUGGCAUUGCUUGGGUGGGGAUCUGGAAAGUAUGCUUUUAUAACACCAUCCUGUUGUCUCCUCAAGGGAGAUCUGUCAAGAUCUGCCACACUUAUGGCAUGUUCAACUCUCUUCUCUCCCAGGAUUUUCGGGCAGUUCAGAACAUCUUUCUGUUUGCUUGCAUUCUGGGGGUCCUGGGAAAAGUCUCCAUAAUCCUUGCAUUGAGGAACUUUUACAUGGGAGCUGCUCGUAGGUCCACAACCUGUAAUCUGUUCACUAUUGGAGGAUUCUUUUAUUUAUUUGCUGGGAUCUGUAUAUUAAUUUGUGUAAUCUGGAACUUUUACGCAGUGUCUAAAAAUGAGAGUUUAACCUUCCCUGCUACUUUCUAUCUACCCCCCAGGCCGAAAACACAGGAAGUCGGGAAUGCGGUUUCUAUGGCCAUUACAUCUGCCAUCCUAAUGUUGCUAGGGGGUGGGAUUUUCCUCUUUUGUAAAUUUCACAGGGAAUGCCAAGUAUAUCCUUUGAUCAGAGACAUCAACUUCUGA